UCCAAAUAUGUAUAACGAAAGAAUCAAGAAUGCUGGGUUUUCUCUUCAAUUACGUACCUUUCGCUAUAUACACAACGCAUCUUACCCACACCUCGUUAUCACACCUAGGGCUUGUUCGAUCCCGGUGAGAGCAGCACCAACAUGACCUGGCCUGUCUGGAAAAACAACUGGGAAAAUGGAAAGUUUCUGCCUUUGGACUAUGACUCUUCUAAAGCACCGAGCGAGACGGGCGAAAUGGACAUCGCCUCGACUGUCUACGUUCUCAACAUCAGCUCACUUUCAGAAGAACAUGCUCACAUUUUCAUCAGAGUCCAGUACGUCCUCUGUUGGAUCGAUCCCCGUCUGUUCGGCCUGGCACCAGGCUGGGUUCCUGUCCCGCCGUCCCUGCUCUGGUCCCCGCCGCUCGCCUUCGGACAAUCGGUCCGCCGGGCCAUCACUAAAGAGGACGAUGACAACAAGAUGUGGAUGAAUAGUGAUGGACUGAUUAUUCUUCAGAUAACCCGUCUGUUAGAAGUGAACUGCGUGGCACGACUAGCGAGGUAUCCACUCGACACUCAGGUCUGCUCCGUGGCUCUGCUUGGAUACAAUGGCAUACGGUACCGACUGCAGCCGUCCACGUUACCCAAACGGGCCCCCAUCAAGAGCGACGCUACAGGGGUGGUGUCUCAGUUCACGUUCAUCGGCGUGGAGGAACGGGCGGUGUUCAAGUCAUUCAUCACCAACGGCACAGGUUCAGCCGAAUGCGUUUACCUAAAGCAGGACUGUGAUUACCGUCUUGAAAAGUGCAUGACGUCACUGUCAGACGAGUGCAGAGGGUCCGGCUGCGGUCACUGCUACCUCAUCCUAGGGGACUGUCAACAUCAACUCGAUACCUGUCCUCAAUAUCUGAAUGACACCAGCGCGUUCACGUCCCUGGAAGUCCAUGUCCGGCUCCGAAGAGUCCUCUGGCGGUACAUCCUCACCGCCUACCUCCCGUCCACCGUCGUCGUUACGGCGUCUUACCUGCAAACGUGGCUGUCCCCCUCACAAGCCGCCAUUUCUCCCAGAGUAGUUCUCGGUGUGAUGUCGGUACUGACGAUCAUCAAACAGAUGGGGAUGACUGUGCGCAUGCCCUGGGUAAGCAUCAUCGAAUUGUCCUGUAUUGAUGUACUGAAGGCAGUCAUUAUGAUAGCCUGA